CGCCGAGCCGGGAGUCGCAGUGGCCGCGGCGGCCCGGGAGACAGUAUCGGUGGCGGCGCGGCGGCGACAUGGCCGUCAUCUCAGAGGAUGACUUUCAUCACAGCUCCAACUCCACCUACAGAACUGCAAGCAGCUCUCUCCAGGCUGACCAAGAAGCACUGCUCGAGAAGCUUCUGGACCACCCACCACCCAGCCUGCAGAGGCCUAAGGACCGCUUCAAUGCUGCCUACAUCAUCUUCUUCUGCUUGGGCAUCGGCAGCCUGCUGCCAUGGAACUUCUUUGUCACUGCCCAGGAGUACUGGCUAUUCAAACUCAGCAACUGCUCCAGCCCAGCCACGGGGGAGGAGCCUAAGGACUCGGACAUCCUGGGUAAAAAAUAUCAUUCAUGUAAAACCCGCGUACUUGGACACAAACUACUUUGAGAGCUACCUGGCUGUGGCCUCCACCGUGCCCUCCAUACUGUGCCUCGUGGUCAACUUCCUGCUUGUCAACAGGGUUCCGCUUCGUGUCCGCGUGCUGGCCUCGCUGACUGUCAUGCUGUCCAUCUUUGUGAUGAUGACGGUGCUGGUGAAGGUGGAUACCUCCUCCUGGACCCGCAGCUUCUUUGCCCUCACCAUCAUCUGCAUGGCCAUCCUCAGCGGCACCUCCACCAUCUUCAGUAGCAGCGUCUUUGGCAUGACUGGCUCCUUCCCCAUGAGGAAUUCCCAGGCGCUGAUAUCAGGAGGAGCCAUGGGGGGCACCAUCAGUGCCGUGGCCUCACUGGUGGACCUGGCGGCGUCCAGCGACGUGACGGACAGCGCCCUGGCCUUCUUCCUGACGGCGGACGUCUUCCUGGCGCUCUGCAUCGGGCUCUACCUGCUGCUGCCACGGUUGGACUACGCCAGGUACUACAUGAAGCCUGUUUGGCCAGCCGUGUUUUCUGGUGAAGAACAGCCACCCCAGGACUCCCCCAACCCCUCUUCAGGGGCCCCCAGAUCCAGUGACUCCUCGACACCACCCCUCCGCCCCAUCCUGAAGAAGACGGCCGGCCUGGGCUUCUGCAUCAUCUACCUCUUCUUUAUCACCAGCAUCAUCUUCCCCGCCAUCUCCACCAAUAUCGAGUCCCUCGGCAAGGGCUCCGGCUCACCAUGGACCACCAAGUUCUUCGUCCCCCUCACCACCUUCCUCCUGUACAACUUUGCCGACCUGUGCGGCCGGCAGAUCACCGCCUGGAUCCAGGUGCCGGGGCCCAGAAGCAAGGUGCUCCCGGGGCUCGUGCUCCUCCGGACCUGCCUUGUCCCCCUCUUCAUGCUCUGCAACUACCAGCCCCGCGUCCACCUGCAGGUGGUGGUCUUCCAGUCCGACGUGUACCCGGUGCUCUUCACCUCCCUGCUGGGGCUCAGCAACGGCUACCUCAGCACCCUGGCUCUCAUUUACGGGCCCAAGAUCGUGCCCAGGGAGCUGGCCGAGGCCACAGGGGUGGUGAUGACCUUUUACCUGUGCUUGGGUCUGAUGCUCGGCUCAGCCUGCUCUGCCCUAAUUGUGCAUCUCAUCUAGGAGGGGCGAUGGCUGGACCUUGGUGCCACGCGAUGCCCGGGAGCCUCGGCGAGAAGGGGAGGAAAUGCCGGGAGGGCCCAGGAGGCCAACAGGAAGGGCUGUAGUUGGCCCUGCCGAGCAUGCUUGGCCCUCGUCACUCCCAGGGACCCGGGACCAGGGCUAUCCCCAGGCCAAGCAGACAUUCCAGAAUGUCCUGUGAUGCUGGAAGAGCAAAGACACCUGAAUGAGGCACAGUUACAAGUUACACAGUCAGAGAGCUCCUCGCCCAUGGGUACAUUCCACCUGUCCUUCGUCCCUCCUGGGAACCGUGCUGUCAGUAUGUGGCUCUGAGUUGUUUACAGGGCCGGGCCAAGACCUUCUGCAUGGCCUCUGCCUCCUCCCAGCUGAUGGCAAGAUGUGUGAGACUCCUUAGCCCUCCCUACCCGGAGAGGGUCCCCCCUGGAACGGCCAGUCCUCAGGCCUGAGACCCAAGCCUGUGCAGAUCCCUUACUUUUGGUUACCAGCCAGACUUGGAACCCCAGGAAGACAGGCCCUCCAGGAGCCCUUCAUUCCCUGGACGUGGGCUCCACGCUGUACCCGGGACCAAGCAUGUCAAGCCUGGGUUUCAAACAGGGAUCCUUAAAGUGGUCUGUGGCCUGAGUCAAGGCAGGGUUUAUCGUCUAUGUUUAUAUGUCAAGGCCAUUGGUUUAGGGGCCUAAUAAAUACCUGGGUACUUAA